GGUUUUCCAAUUUGUUCUUUUUACUUGGUCCCACGCGCCAUCUUCGCCGAGGAUUGCAAUUGAAGGGUAAAUAAAAUCCCGUUUUGGUGGGCCCGCGUGGAUGCUGUUGGGACGGGCUGUCAACGCCGUCUGACAGCCUGUCCGUAUCCCAACCACGUUUAUUGCGUUUCGGUUGUUGGUUGGAUCAUCAUCUUCACCAUCACGAGAUCAUCUAAGCUUCUCUAAUGGCGUCUUUCUCCACGACUCUCCACCGUCCUCUCUCCGCAAUCGCUGCCGUUGCCGUUGCCGCCGUGUCUACUGACCUCCCUGAGAGGUUCCCCGGUCCAAAGACCGCCGAACAACAGCCAUCUCCCUCGCCUUCAGUGGGUUUCUCUGCGUCUCCUUCAUGGUUUCCCCGGAUUUCCAUUUCCAACCUAACAAGGACCUCCUUUCCGGUUCUCAUCGCUCCUUAUCAGUAUGCAAAGCUUGCGAAGCCGCAGGAAAUUGGUCCAGCGAUCCGUUCUUCGCCGGCGGAUGAUGUUAUGUAUCAGUGGCACUUGCCGGCGCCUAGUGUGGGAGAGUCUGAAUGCUCUUUGGCUAAGUCUCAGACGGUGGUGGUUUUGCUGGGGUGGUUGGGUGCAAAGCAGAAGCAUUUGAACAAGUAUGCUGAAUGGUACACUGCGAGAGGGUUUCAUGCUAUUACUUUCACCUUUCCCAUGGGAGAUAUCAUUGGGUACAAGAUUGGGGGGAAGGUGGAACAGAAUCUUGAUUUGUUUGCUGAGCACUUGGCUGGUUGUGUUGCUGAAGAGGAUGGGAAAAAACUGGUCUUUCAUACGUUUAGUAAUACUGGCUGGUUGACAUAUGGAGUUUUAUUGGAGAAGUUUAAGAAGGAUGAUCCUUCAUUAAUGGGGAAGAUCAAAGGUUGCAUUGUGGACUCUGCACCUGUUGCUGCUCCUGACCCUCAGGUUUGGGCGUCCGGUUUCUCUGCUGCAUUUUUGAAGAAGCAGAGUGUAGCAACAAAGGGUGGGUUGGUUUCAAAUGGUGCUGGGCUGAGCAUGAUGGUCCAUUCCAAUUCUAAAUUUGAUCAAAAACCAGCACUUGCAGAAACUGCUCUGCUGACCAUUCUUGAGAGAUUCUUUGGGGUGGUUUUGAACCUUCCAAGCAUUAACAGGAGGCUAUCUGAUGUAUUGGAAGUUCUAUCAUCAGAACAACCAAAAUGCCCACAACUGUAUAUUUACAGCUCUGCUGACAGAGUCAUUCCAGCAAAAUCUGUGGAAACAUUCAUUGAGAGGCAAAGAAAGGCUGGACAUGUAGUAAGAGCUUGUGAUUUUGUGUCCUCACCUCAUGUUGACCAUUUUCGCAACCAUCCAGUCCUCUAUACUACUCAACUCACUACCUUUUUAAAUGAUUGCGUGAUCACCUGUUGCAAAAAUUCUACGUAG